UUUAUUGUUUUAAGUGCUUCACACACUCAACUAUUGCAAACAAGUGUAUUCAAUUUAAUUAUUUCGAUUUAGUAAUAUAAAUAAAUAUUUUCAGUUAAUUUCUUGAUAAAUAUUUAAAUAAAGGUGAUCAGUCUCAGUGUGUCGGUGUGAACAAUAUGAUAAAACUUGAGGAUCACGUAGAUUCGAGCAGUGCGGCGCGAAUGUAUCGAAAUUUCGCUUCAAAUGUUUCGGAUUUUCAACCAACGUCUAUUUGUGACCAGAGAAUUAUCGAUUCUCAAGAGGAUGCAGAACAUAAUGAGACCAAAAUUCAAUUCCUCCCCAGUCAAAGUUACAGUAAUCCAACGUCGUAUCCCCAAAUCAUUCAAAUGCCCCCAAUAACCGCCAUUCCACAACCGGCUGCCACCAGUCAUAUAAUCAAAACGACGUUAUCAAGCUACCAUCCAAAGCAAAGUAAUAUUCCUCAGGAAAUCACGGGAAAUCAAACUUCGACCAUAAAAUAUUGCCCUAGUGCACAUAUCGAUUCGGUGCAUUCUAUGGAAACUGAGUCCUCGGCGUGCAGUUCCAGUAACAAUAAUAACAUGUCACCAACCUCUACAGAGAAUACGGUUUCCACGAUAACGCGAAUUCCUGUCGAAUCCUCUACGAAUAAUAACGGGCGUAUUACGGAGAUUGUUCCUUAUCCGAGUAGCUCAUCUCCUUCAAGAUCAUCUAAGUCCCAAACAGAGCAACAGACAACUCCACCGGAUACGACCAAGAAAUCCUCUGGAACGCGUCGUCCUGAGAAGCCUGCGAUGAGUUAUAUCAACAUGAUUGCAAUGGCUAUUCGGGAAUCACCGCAGAAAAAAUUGACUCUGAGUGAAAUUUAUAAUUGCUUGAAAAAUCGAUUCGAUUUUUUUCGUGGAAAUUAUGUCGGUUGGAAAAAUUCAGUUCGUCAUAAUUUAAGUCUAAAUGAAUGCUUCGUAAAAAUACCAAAGACAAUGGGACUUAGUAAACCCAGCAAAGGACAUUAUUGGACCAUCGAUCAGAAGUCGGAAUAUAUGUUCGAAGAUGAGAGCAGUCUACGUAGAAGACCAAGAGGAUUUCGAAGGAAGCAUCAAAUCAAAUCGUAUGCAUCAGGAAAUGGCUUUUUCGCUGACACGGGAGUUUACAAUGCAUCGUUAACUGAUAUUUCAAGUAGUUAUGCGGCUCAGACAACGUACGCCUACGACUACCCUCCGGCAGGGAGUUACUCCGAAAGUUGGGCUCACACAACCAACACUUUACCGCAGUACACGCACUUGCCGCACAACCCCAUUCAAAGUAGUUCACCGCCGCCGGCUUCUGUUCAAAGUGGUGCUAAUUCUAGUCUGGAUUUCGGAAACUACCAAUAUAAUUCGGGUCAUUACAGCUCGAAUUUGGACAAUGGUAUCCGCACGAUGUCUAUAUCUUUACCACCAGUUUCUCAUAUGUCGGGGACGACUUCAACUGGUGCGAUUAUGGAUCGCAAACCUUACGGAGCAGCUCUAACCCCACCAAUCCCUACACCUCCUCUGCAUCUAUCCAAUUUCAACCCCAGCGCAAACCCUUAUCUUGAGACAAAGUAUUGCAAUACGUACAGCCCCCAAAACUCUUGAAAACAACAGAAAUGCCCCUGCUCCUAUUAGACGUUAAGUGCAUAACAUUUAUGAUCAUUCUUAGGUUAAGAUUGUGCUGAUUAUUUAUAUUGUGAAUAUCUUAUUUGUAUUUUUCAUUCUAA